AUGGGGGCCAAAAACUCCAAGCAACAGGCGGAGAAAUCCGGCAAGCGAUCGAGCAAUGAGACGAACGAGCACAAAAAGGAGGCGGAGCAGCAGGAGGUGCCGCCGUUGAAGCCUCCGGGAAGUCCCCGCCAAGCCAAGGUCAUAGUGCACCGCAUUGUGCGGGCAGAAGAUGAGCCAGCCAAAGGGGAAGGGCAACCCCUGGAGCAGCAGCAGCCAAACACUAGUCAAGAUCCGAAAGCAGAAGAAGCCAUAGUACCAGAGAUUCAGGAUGUCGCACAACGAAAUGAAAGUGUUCCUGUAGCUCAGGGGACCGCCGCUGCAGCGCAGCACAAAAGUGAUCAUCCACCAGAUACGCCUGGAAAGGGAUGACAGUGAGGAGACUGAGGGGCGGGCCCGUA